AUGACAGAACGACACGAACAUCCAACCAUACAAAUAAAUAACAAGGAGAUCAUAAACAAAAUAGAAGAAACUGGAAAAUACUUGAAUGAAAGGAUAACACACGCGAGAGAGGAAACUAUAAAAGAAGUAAAGGAUAAGACAAAAGGGAUAAAAGAGCAACUGGUAGAAAAUAUAAAGAAUAACAACAAGGAAAUUAAAAAAGACAUAGAAGAAAAUAUAAAAAAGAUAGAAGAUGAAAUUAAAAGAACACCGCAGAAAAAUAUUUCACCAUCAGAAGAGACACUUCAAACAUACGCAAAGAUAACGAAAAACAAGAACAUAAAAAUCCCCAAGGCCAUGCACUCAAUAGUUAUAUCAUCGGAUAAUAUAAUAGAUACGGCGGAAGAAGUUUUAGAUAAGGCCCAAAAAAUUCUGGAUCCAUGUAAAGAACAAAUUAGAAUUGAUAGAAUAAGAAAAGGGAAAAAUCAAAAAAUAAUAAUGGGAUGUAUGGGACCAGGAGGAAAUUGA